GCACUCCAGAAAAACCUUCCCAGAACAGCAUCAUGAUCGUCUGUGUGCUUUUGCUAGUCACCCUGCUACCAUAUCUGAGCCUUCAAGCAUCUGUGGAUGUAGGUAUAGUGAACGGUACAGAAGCCAAACCUCAUUCAAGACCCUACAUGGUCUCCAUUCAAAGAAAUAACAAACACAAAUGCGGUGGCUUCCUUGUGUCUGAACAGUUUGUCAUGACGGCUGCACACUGCUUUACAGAAGGAGAGAAGCUGACAGUCAUGGUUGGAGCUCAUGAUCACAAUCAUGGUACUAGCCGCAUGGAAGUCAAGUUCUACCACAUCCACCCUGGGUAUGAGUCUAAGAGUCUGCUAAAUGACAUCAUGCUACUUCAGCUGCGUAUAAAGGUCAACAAGACCAACAAAGUUGACUGGAUCUCCAUACCAAAGAAAGAUCAGGACAUCAAGGCCAAGGCCCAAUGCAGUGUUGCCGGAUGGGGGAAAAUAACCACCAAUGGUGCAGCAAGUGAUAAACUUAUGGAGGCUGAUGUCACAAUCUUUGAUAAAAAAGCAUGUCAGAAGUACUGGGGGAAGCAGUACUCCACCUCAAGGAUGGUGUGCGCAGGGGGUCGUGGAGGAUUUUGUCAGGGUGAUUCUGGAGGACCUUUGGUGUGUAAAAAAGUCGCAGUUGGUAUCGUUUCAUUCAAUCAGCCAAAGAAAUGUAACUCCCCUACAUUACCCAAUGUCUACACCAAGAUUUCCAAAUUUCUGCCUUGGAUAAAAUGUAUUUUGGGAGGUGUGAAUGGAAAGAUGGUCUCGACCCUUCUCAGCAGGCUUGGUUUCCUGUGGGGGGCUGAUCGCAUCGCAUGUGGUACAUUUGGAGCUGAUAUCAUCAAUGGCAAAAAAGCCAAGAAGAGCUCCAUGCUUUACAUGGCAUCAGUUCAGAUUGAAGGACAACACAGAUGUGGAGGAUUCCUGAUCGACCCGAGCUACGUGCUCACGGCCGCACACUGCGAUAAAAGAGGCAACAUGACUGUGGUCCUGGGCACCCACAACAUCAGUCCACAAGGGGCGAAUCUGAGAAGAUAUACAGUGCAAAAUAAACAUAAGCACCCAUCUUUCAAAAACGUGAAAGCUGGCAAUGACAUCAUGCUUCUGAAGCUGUCCAAGAAGCUGAAAGCCAAAGGUGUGAAAAUCAUCAAAAUCCCGAGCAAUGACAAACCACUGAAGCCUAAAUCCAAGUGUCAGGUUGCUGGAUGGGGUAAAACCGAACAGCAUAAUGUGGUGAACGAUCUGCUGGUCACAGACGUGUUGACCAUCAACUUCACAAUCUGCAAGACGAUGUGGGAAAAAGUGCAAGUAAAACUCCCAGAAAACACUCUGUGCGCUGGAGGCUCCAAGACUAAAAGUGGCGCUUGCCAGGGCGAUUUGGGUGGACCGCUAGUGUGCAGUGGGAAAGCGGUGGGCAUCGUCUCUUUGGAUCGCUGCGACUACCCAAAUGUUCCCAAUAUUUACACUCAAAUUUCAAAAUACACAGUCUGGAUCAAGAAGGUGAUCAAUGGAGCAAUCUUCAGUCUUAUCAAGAUGACUACAGCGUACAGCCUGUUGCUCUCAGUGGCUUUGACAAGCUUGACACUGACUGGUACAUUUGGAGCUGAUAUCAUCAAUGGCAAAAAAGCCAAGAAUUCCUCCAUGCUUUACAUGGCAUCAGUUCAGAUUGAAGGACAACACAGAUGUGGAGGAUUCCUGAUCGACCCGAGCUACGUGCUCACGGCCGCACACUGCGAUAAAAGUGGCAACAUGACUGUGGUCCUGGGCACCCACAACAUCAGUCCACAAGGGGCGAAGCUGAGAAGAUAUACAGUGCAAAAUAAACAUAAGCACCCAUCUUUCAAAAACGUGAAAGCUGGCAAUGACAUCAUGCUUCUGAAGCUGUCCAAGAAGCUGAAAGCCAAAGGUGUGAAAACCAUCAAAAUCCCGAGCAAGGAAAAACCACUGAAGCCUAAAUCCAAGUGUCAGGUUGCUGGAUGGGGUAAAACCGAACAGCAUAAUGUGGUGAACGAUCUGCUGGUCACAGACGUGUUGACUAUCAACUUCACAAUCUGCAAGACGAUGUGGGAAAAAGUGCAAGUAAAACUCCCAGACAAUGUCUUGUGCGCUGGAGGUUUCGAGACUAAAAGUGGCGCUUGUCAGGGUGAUUCAGGUGGACCACUAGUGUGCAGUGGGAAAGCGGUGGGCAUCGUCUCUUUCAACAUGGGUCGCUGCGACUACCCAAAUGUUCCCAAUAUUUACACUCAAAUUUCAAAAUACACAGUCUGGAUCAAGAAGGUGAUCAAUGGAGGUGCCUGAUGCCUUUAACACUGAAUUAUAUUGUGCAGUUUGCUAAACUUAGAUUUUAUGUUGAGGUGAAUGCUACCUGUCAAAAUGUUUCAA